CGCUCGCUGUCACCUGCCCAGCCCAGGGGUUUCACCGGCUGCGGGGAGAGAUGCAGGGCCUGGUUCCUCUCCUCCUCCCCGCUCCUGGUGAAUUUGUGCCAGGCACACAUGUUGGAGUUGAUUCCAAGAAAUAACAAAAACAACAUAAUCAACAGAAAUCACAGAGUCUGAAAGGGACCUGGCGAGAUCUUGGCAGGGCUUCAGCAGAGAGGCAGGAUCAAACACAACUAGAGGAAACUGGGUUUUUGAACACCUCAAAAGCAGUCCUACUUUAGAAUUCCAUGCCUGUUUUCAAAAGCUGAUUGGAGGAUCUGCUGGGGGAAGUUAGGGCUUGCUGUUCUUUGAAGUUACCAGCUGAAUUUUGAAGACUUUGCAAGAGAACAGAGCACUUUGCUGGACUGACACAGCACAAAGGAGGGCUGAUUCUUUUUUGUCUGCCAUGAACAUACAUCACCUUGUAAAUCAAAGCUGUGUUAUGAUAUGCCAAGUUCUGACUUUGAUACACUUUCUGAGGAAGAUGGGGCUGACCAGAAGGAUGUUUUUGAUGGAACUGGGAAGAAGAAAAGGUUUCAGAGUAGAAAAUGAGCUAAGUGAUUCUGUCACUCAUAUUGUGGCUGAGAACAACUCUUACCUGGAGGUGCUGGACUGGCUGAAGGGACAGGCUGUGGGUGACAGCUCUAGGUUUGAGCUACUGGACAUCUCCUGGUUCACAGCCUGCAUGGAGGCAGGAAGACCAGUUGAUUCAGAAGUGAAGUAUCGUCUCAUGGAGCAAUCCCAAUCUCCUCCUCUGAAUACACCUGCAUUGGAAAUGCCAGCAUUUAUUGCAACAAAAGUAUCUCAGUAUUCAUGCCAGAGAAAGACAACUUUAAAUAACUACAACAAGAAAUUCACGGAUGCCUUUGAGGUAAUGGCAGAAAAUUAUGAGUUCAAAGAAAAUGAAAUAUUCUGCCUGGAAUUUUUAAGGGCAGCUUCUUUGCUGAAAUCUCUUCCAUUUUCAGUAACCAGAAUGAAAGAUAUCCAAGGGUUGCCCUGCGUGGGAGACCAAGUCAGAGAUAUCAUUGAGGAGAUUAUUGAGGAAGGAGAGAGUUCUAGAGUUAAAGAAGUGUUAAAUGAUGAGCGGUACAAGGCAUUUAAGCAAUUCACUUCAGUCUUUGGAGUGGGAGUGAAGACAUCUGAGAAAUGGUACAGAAUGGGUCUGCGAACUGUGGAAGAGGUAAAAGCUGACAAGACCCUGAAGCUGUCAAAAAUGCAGAAAGCAGGGCUUCUCUACUAUGAGGACCUUGUUAGCUCUGUGUCUAAGGCAGAGGCAGAUGCAGUGAGCUUGAUUGUCAAGAAUACUGUGUGUACAUUUCUACCAGAUGCUUUAGUCACCAUAACUGGUGGUUUCAGGAGGGGUAAGAAUAUUGGACAUGACAUAGACUUUUUGAUCACCAAUCCAGGACCAAGAGAUGAUGAUGAACUUCUGCAUAAAGUUAUUGACUUAUGGAAAAAGCAGGGCUUACUCCUUUAUUGUGAUAUCAUUGAAUCAACAUUUGUAAAGGAACAGCUGCCAAGCAGAAAAGUUGAUGCCAUGGAUAAUUUUCAGAAGUGUUUUGCAAUUUUAAAAUUAUAUCAGCCAAGAGUAGACAACAGCACUUGUGACGCGUCAAAACAAUUGGAAAUGGCAGAAGUCAAAGACUGGAAGGCAAUCCGUGUGGAUCUGGUCAUAACCCCCUUUGAGCAAUAUCCAUAUGCUCUGUUAGGCUGGACAGGCUCCAGGCAAUUUGGACGUGACUUGCGGAGGUACGCUGCACAUGAGAGGAAGAUGAUACUGGAUAACCAUGGAUUAUAUGACAGGAGAAAGAGGAUCUUUCUCAAAGCUGGAAGUGAGGAAGAAAUCUUUGCACAUCUUGGCUUGGAUUAUGUCGAACCAUGGGAAAGGAAUGCUUAAAAUUAUUUUCCAGCGUACAUUUAUCAGUUGACUGCAAUGGUCUUUCUGCCCACCUUGCAGUCUGGUAUAGUUAUAUAAACAUAUAUAUAAUAAGUAUUUCUAUGACAACAAAAAAAUUUACAUAAGUAUUAGAAGCCACUUGCACUUGCUAAUGUUCCUAGAAGAUAAGCGUUUAAAUUUUUCAAAAUCUUUUCCAGUCCUUUCUAGUUUUGAAGCUUCUACGUGGGAGUGAUAACACAGAGCUUGUUUUGGGGGGAAAACUUGGAACUGGUGAGAUUUUUGCUUCUGGUAGGAAUUUAAUGUUAGUAUGAACAAUACGUGUUUUUUAAAGUAGUCAGCUACAACAAUAUGUAAAUAAUUCAAAACAUUUGAGCUGAGUCAAAACAUUACUGAAAUGUAUGCUGGUCUUUAGCUGAAUUUCUUAUGUAUUUUGCUGAGUCCAUGUAUAAAAUUGCUCUGUGUAUAAGGCUUAAUGACCUAGGCAGUAACUGCUUUGCAGUCUCAGCAACUGUAGGCUUCAGCUGUAAUAUUUUUGCAGGUAGGGCACCAUUCUACAAAUACUAUAAACAAAUUGAUUAUUCAGUGAGGGUUAAAAAACAUUUCACAGGAAGGGAUUUUGAAAGGGAAAGUGGAAUCACUCAGUAGCAAUCUUCAAUUGUGUAGAAUAAUACUAUAAAUUUAUAGUACUGAUUUGGACGGAAGAAGAGUCAGGUUAUGAGAUGUAAUGGUCCUCAAUCAGGAAUUUGAAUCAUAACCUGCAUGAAAAAGAAAUGGUUUUAAAGUGUCAGGCUGGUGACUGCUCCAAGACAAAAGAUUUUAAUUAUCUGUGCUCAAUUUAGAUAGAUGGAACUUUAUUUACUAGUCAGUGUGAGCUGUUGGGCUAUUGACUGCUCUGGAGUGGUAUUCCCUGUCUUUAGUCAGAAAUUCACGUAGGAUGUGAGAAGCUUUCAGAUAAAAUUCCUACAAGAUAUUUUGUUUCCAGAAAAUGUCUAGGUAGCUCUUGUGAUCAUAAUGACAAUGAAGGAGUCCUAAUACAUUUAUCCUUUAAUAAACAGGGCCAUUCAGUGCUUUAGGAAAUGUAGCUAUUUACUGAUCAUUCAUCAUUUGAGAAUAAAGGUGGUUAAGAGCACCAGGAUUGCUCAAUUAAUUUUCUCCUUAAAAAUGUGGAUUUUUUUUCCCUCUGUUGAGGCUGGCUUCAGCUCUUGACAUGAUGAGGAAAGAAUGGCAAUGACAGGGCUGUGCCCAACAGUAAUUACUGACAGUAAACCUUCCCAUAUUCAAACAGUAUCUGUUAUUUUAAAGAGUGUGCUUAUUUUGUUACUCAUUACUUUAAACUGGGUAAUAGACUUUUAGAGGACUGUGUUGUAAACUGUUCCAAAACCUCAGUCAGAGUUGUAGAAAAAUGCAUUGAUGGCAGGAAUUUGCUUCUUGCCUGUGUCAAUAAAACCACCCCAUUGCAGUUUUGCUAACUGAGCUGAAAAUACAAUGCUACUUCCUAAACUGCUCUAACUAUGAAGCACUUGCAUUGCUUCCUGCUUUAUUGUGCUGAUGUUUGAAGUAGCUUCUCUGUGUUUUGCAUCAGGAUGCUGACACUUAAGUAGCAGUGACAUUUUUCAGUCCUAAUCGAAGAAAAAAAAAGCUAUGGUACCUUGUCUGAAUAUUCUUUCUACUUGGCUAACAUUUAUAACAAUUAUCCAUGCCAGUUGUGCUGUUUCUGCAAACUUGAAGACGCACACAAAGUAUCAAAAAUUCUGAAUUCCACAUAAAUAAAUAAUUCACAUCUUGGGUGCCUAUGCAUCACUUAUAAUUAUGCCACCUGUAAGGAAAAAGAUACCAGCACAAGUUCUGUCAGCUCCUCCAAGACUAGAAGAAAUCAGCAUAUCACUUUAUUCUCUUACUUCCCUCAAUUUUUCUGAAGUUUAUUUAGAAUACAUCAUACAGAUUGCUCACUGAAUUAAAUAUUUUAAAAAAUAUAUGGACCUGAUAAAUGAGGGAUUGUGUUAAAGAGAGGAACAGCCUAGAUGACCAGGAUGGUUUGACCAUGAAGAAGAUGCCUUCUCUUGUGCACACCCUCACUGGAGCAGCUGCUACCCCAAAUAGUGUUGCAGGUACCAAUAGUGUUCAGGACCAUCCCUGACAGCAGCUGCCAAACCAGUCAGCUGAGACAGCAAUUAGAAAAGAUAAAAAUCAUAAUGGAGAGCUGGGAGGGAGCAGGUUAAAGGAAAUGAAGCCUUUAUCAGCUGAGCAUGUCUGGAUCCAUGUGCUAGUGAAAAGUUCCUCCGGUGUGAUGGAACUGUUGGAGUCAGUGGUAGCAAAGCUUCUGAGCUCAUGAAGGACAGGUGGGGCCUCAGGGCCUGGAAAGGGCAAACACUUGUAACAAGAACAGACCAACAUUUGUAAUUGAAGGAAGGAAAGAGAGAAUUUCAGAUCAGUGCACUUAAUAUCUCCUAAAUUGCUCGAAUGAUUAAUAGACUGUAUUUUUAAUGCACCUCGAGGAAAAUAAAGUGAUAAGUUAUUGGUAACGUGUUCAUCAGAAACAAAUCAUGUCAAACUAAUUCAGUUGUAAAGUCCCUGGAGGCUGUUUUUUUUAAAAUGUCUGUCCCUCCUCCCUUGCUUUUGCACCAAGGCAAUUUGGCAAGUAGUGAGUAGAGAGGGAUCACUGGUUUAAUAAGCAUCUACAAACUAAUGCUCUAAAAAUUACUAAGUAAUUCUGUCUCUGGGAAAAAAAAGGAAAAGUAAAAGGAAAGCCACUGUUAUUUUUGUUUCAUUGUUUGAAGUAUUAUAUGAUUUGUUUAAUAAACUCUUAAGGCAAAGGCAAUGAGAUGUAUUUAGUUUGGUGGGUAAUAAUGUAGUUAAUGUCUAAAGGACUGAUGUAUUGAAGGAAAAGCUAAUUCUAUCUAUACAGCACUAAAAAAUUGCAAAUCUGGGCAACCUAAACACUCAUACAACUGAAGCCACAUGGAUUUUCUGCAAAUAACUGGAAACCUGAGAACUGCUGCUGCUUUGCAUAAAUAACUCCAGAAUGUUAAAAAACCCAAACCCAAAUAUUUGCAAAUAUUAUAGUUAUAGUCCCCAAAUGAAAUGUCUUUUCUACAGUUUAUGGGCAGAUUUUUUUGGCUUUCUCAGGUGAGACUAUCUUAUUCCUUGGUAUGAAAUAUAUUAUUUCACUUUUUGAACAGCUUUUACUUCCUAUUUUACAGUUUUCUUUGGCAACUGCAGUUAAAAUAACCAGGUCCUGGGACUAACAGGUUAGUUAGUGUCACAUAAACAAAUGAAGACAGAGAGCUCGUAGAAAGCUGUUUAAUGUCUCCUUCAAUAAAUGUGUAUCAUAGGCAACCCAUAAAAUCUAACACUAUUUUUGAGUGGGUGCCCUCCAAACAAAUACUAUUCCCAAAUACUACUGGUGGUACAGAAACUCCACAUGUGGGGGGGUGAUGCUGGAAUACACAUCCCAAAAGCCCAGGUGCCUCAGGGAAAUCACUUGGCUGAUGAGAACCAAUCCUAUCUGCACAUGGUGACUGACCAUGGGGAGAGAAGGAGAGAGAACAUGUGUAGGGUAAGUACAAAAUCUCCCAGUUUUAAACACACUUACUGAAAACCAAG